AUGGACGCCAGUCUCCAUGAAAACCCCUACAACAAUGGCUUUGCUGUCCAAUGCGCAGACUGUGGGCUCGUCUUUGCUGCCUAUGACCAGCUUAUCACGCACAUCAGCACCAAACAUCCAUAUUCAUUUACGCAGGAACAGGCGUCGAAGGCUGGCCCUGGCGAGACGUCUAGCAUACAUCCUCAGUGUGCUCACCGAUUCAGGGGCGAGAGACUUCCAAACAUAUUUGAAGCCUUUGAACAUGAUAAAUAUGCCAAGGAACGUCGUACGAACCCAGCUUUUCCUUUCGCUGACCUUGUAGAAGUGGAAUUGGCACGGUGGUUGAAUGAACGAUUGACGUCCACUCAAAUUGACGAAUUCUUGAAGCUUGGCUGGGUUCGCACACAUGGGCCACCCUCGUUUCGUACAUGCCACACCCUACGGUCAUGGAUCGAGGUGCUCCCAUCCGGUCCAGCCUGGCGUACAACUGAAAUCACCAUCAAGGGGUAUGAUGUAGCCCCGCGCCAUCAGCAACCAUUGCUCAUCUGGCGUGACGGACUUGAAUGCCUGGAAUACAUGGUCGGAAACCCCAUACUCGCCCCUUAUUGCUCUCCGGGGCCAAACGCCAUUCACACUGCAUACGGUCAGCGAAACAAGCUUCCGCUUGGCGCCACCGUUUCCCCGAUUCAGUUUGGUUCAGACAAACUGUCAGUGACGAGCAACACUGGUGACAUCGAGAUGCAUCCACUUCUUAUGACGCUGGCAACCAUACCCAGUGCUAUUCGCUCGAAUCUCUCCAAUAACGCCUGGAUGUGCGUUGCCUACCUCCCUGUGCCGAAGUUCGAUGUACACCACGACUACAACGGUGUCCUGGCCAAUCGUGUGAUGCAUGAGGCCAUGGACAUCAUAACGCACAAGCUGAAGUGGGCGGCCAGAUACGGGAAGGAGAUGGCUGAUGGGUACGGCAACGUACGUCUAGUCUUUCCCCCAGUCGUCGCUCUCUGCGGUGAUCUCCCCGAACAACUCUCGAUGACCGCUGUUGGUCCCUCCGUCUCCCCUGUCUCUCUUGCAACUACCAAGCAGUUCGGUGACGGCUUGACGCAUGCGCCACGUACGAAAGCGCACACACUAGACCUGAUUCAUCAAGUCGCAAAGAAAGUCGACCCUUGGCGAGUCCACGACUUCUCGCGCGAGUGCGCUAAAGUAGGCCUCAAUGGCGUACACAAACCUUGGUGGCGCGAUUACCAUCUCACUGAUCCCUCUCUUUUGAGUGUUCCCGACCUCUUGCACGCCGACGCGAAGUUAUUUUGGGACCACUUCCUCAAGGCCUGUCAGAUUCAUGUUGGUCCUGCCGAACUGGAUCGUCGCCUCAAUGCACGGCACAAACGGAUCGGCUAUGCUGGGCUGCGCCAGGUCUCCGAAGUGAAGCAAAUGACGGGGCGUAUGUAUCGGGAGGUCAUGCGCUCCACCGUCGUCGCUAUUGAAGGCGCUGUUACUCCUGCGUUCAUGCGUGCAAUGCGCGCGAUCAUCGAGUUCCUCCUUGCAGCACAGAGUCCUCGACAUACGCCAUCCUCCUUGGCGCGCAUGGAGACCAACCUACGUGUUUUCCACGAGAACAAACAAGCCAUCAUGGACGCGGGCGGCCGUGGCUCGCUAGACCACUGGCACAUCCCGAAGCUCGAAUUACUGUCAAAUUUCGUUCCCGCCAUAUUGUCUCACGGUGCGCUCCCCCAGUGGAGCUGCGACGCUGUAGAGCACCUACUCCGCACGGAAGCGAAGAAGCCUUUUACCAUGUUCACGAAUCAUCAACGGACCAGCUACGGAUCACAAUGUGCACGCCAUCUUGACCGCAUAGAACGCCUACAAAUGUUCGAGAUCUAUUCGCUCUUCAAGGCGCACGAUGCCGGACUGUUGAACGUGUUCCCUGGAGUCGCUGGAAUGGAUACUGUCGAUCUCAACGACGCGUCCUCUGCUGGUGUGGCACGUACGUGGGUGGCACACUCGCUGCCUGGUACUGGUGCCGAGCGAUGCAUUCGUGGCCGACGAGCAUCACGCAAUCUCUUUGCGACAGGGUCCGUCAGGGCAGAUAACUCAGAUGUCGCCUUCCAUCUCACAAAGAAACCGACCGCGACACAUCAUAUCAACGAAAUCCCAGCUCUAUACCACCUCCCUGAUUUCCGUGCAGCCGUAGUCGACUAUAUCCAAGGCUACGACCUGGACAGCCGACAAGGUGUUGUACGCUGGUCUUUGAAUUCUCACGACGCUGGAUUCGAUUAUGUGCAUGUGUGGCACACGUAUCGGAUCCAAACGCUAUCGACCUACGACGAUGCCGUUCGAUUGGAACCCGAGACUCUGCGUGCAAUACCACCGAACACUAUGACUCCGGGAUGUGCGAUGCUGUCCUCAUUGCAGAUACUCGACGUAGCUCAUACUAAACCUCGCCAAAUUAUAGGAUCGCUAGUUGCUCAAGUCCGCAUCGUCUUCGAACCGCUCCCUCGCAAAGGUUGCGUCCUCCAUGCACGGCUGCAGACACCGUUGGUAUACAUCCAAGACUUCGCUUUUGCUGACCUGGAUGACUAUGGGCAUCCCUGCAAGACCGCGGACAUCCUCAUGUACCGGCUGCGACGACGCCUUCAUGUGGAUGCUGGAGGAGUUGUCCAGCGUGCGGGUGAGGUCAUCCCGCUCACGAAUGUUGUGCGGCCUGUCGACAUCGCGCCGGUCCAUGGAGGCCCGGUCAUGCUCGCCAGCCUCACUGAAUUCAACGCGCUCGAGGUCCCGGAAUAUUUCUGGUUGAAUGAUUUGUGGGACAAGGAACUAUAUGAGACGCUC